AAAGUAUCGAUAAGAGAAAGGACUGUUGUUUACAUAAGUAAUGAUAACUUUAAUUGGCUGGAGAAUCUAAAGUCGCUUUUGAGCGAUGAGAACAAGCUUAACAAAAAUAGUAGAAUUAUAAUUGUGGGAGAGAAAAAUUUUGAGUGCGGUUUAUUGGGUUUUAUUAACUGCUUGAGAAAAGAGCCAUGUGGCGAAUUUGUUAGGGGUGUGCUCCUUCAAGAUGAACAGGCACCUAAAUUCUCUCUUCAAGACCCCUUCUAUCAAGAACAAUUACAGAAAGAUAUGACCAUUAAUGUGUUGCGAUCUAAUAAAACUUGGGGAUCGUACAGACAUUUAAAAUUGCCGCGACCCGAA